GAGGUGCAUCAGGGUGAAGUCACAGCUUAUCAGAACUGAUUACCAUUAAAGCAACGGCGAUUUGCCAAUGCAGACCUCCACAGAAUCUAGCUCUAUCUUAACGCUUAGUUCUUAACACUACACACUUGCAAUUGUAUUGCAGAAUUACCAUCGAUCAGUAAUUGUAUCUGAUAUGCUGCUUCUGUAACGGCUAUGUACCUCACAAGCUGCACCUACACUCUAGGGUGGGACUCUAGUUCACAAACGCUCGCGAGAUCUCUUCCUUUUUUAUUUUUUUGGAACUCGAGAAAAAAAUGAUUUUUCACAUCUGUAGCUGUAAAUAAGUCUCAAGGAAAACCAAUUAAAGUACAAGGAUGUCUCAUGUGGGCCGACCGUCCAGGAAUCCAGACAGAAACCACCAGGCCAGACCUCACAGAGACAGAAGAGACCGGGAUGGUCCUCAUGAGUACCGGAAUGCAAGAGACCCACACCAGGAAGGACCUGCAGCUUCCAGUAACAGAUCACAGCCACAUCAUUAUCCAAAACAAGUUGCUUUUGAGCCGAGGUAUCCAGGGCCACCAUCUUCAUCAGCCCCUGAUGACUACUCUGAGGCCUCCAGGGAUAGACACACAGCAAAGCCACAGUCAAAGUGCUCAUAUGUGUGCUCACAGAGAGGUAUAGUUCACAUGGCUGCGACAGGGACGAAUCUAAUGGUGCUGAUCUGUGUGGCAGUCGCCCAGGCAGUCAUGUCUGGGUUCUCAUCAAUGGGGGGUCUGGCAACUGGCAGUUUCAGCCUGAAUUCGGCUAUCAACCCUUUCCAGGGCACAGAGCUGCAGGAGGUGCGUGCCUUGGACAUGCAGUACAGCCAGAUGCGAGGCCCUGGGGUUUAUGGAGGGGUCGCUUUCAGCCUUGUGAUGGGAGUCAUUACCCUUUUCUUUCUGAUCGGUGGCGCCAAGCCCCUUUACCGCAUCCCAAUAAAGCUGCUUGUCUUGGAGUUUUUCUUCGAUGUGUUGGCUUGCGUGGGCUACAUUGUAGCGGUUGGCCUUUACCUCCAUUUUGUCAUUCAGGUGAAUGCCACAGAUGUGUGUAAGAAAAGGGAACGGCUGUAUGCACGCCAAGGAUACACCUGGAUGAACUGCGAUGUGCAGGGAAGCGACGCAGCAGUAGCCCUCUUUGGUCUAAUAACGGCAUGUCUGUACUUUGUGGGGUCGAUACUCUGUGCACUGACCAUCAGGCUUGCCAAGGCUAUCCAGAAGGAUUUGUAUCUGGAACAAAAUCAGCCUGAACCUGAGGGAAGAAGUCACAACGGGAAGCAAAGGGAUCACGUUCAUUGCAACGAUAUUGACCCUAAUGUGCCAGUUUCUACACUUGUGUAAAGGAUUUUUGUGGACUAGCUGUUGGAAAGCAAUAAUGUCAACAAUAUAUAUAUAUAUA